GGCAAAGAACUCCCAACGUUCAGAACGCCAUUGCCGUAGGAGAGAAGCACGCGGGCAUGGAGGCUCUGAAGGCAUGGAGAACAUCGUCUUUCCCUUUGAAACGGUUUGUGGUCAUGGCGACCACGACCACUAGGGCGAGUGUGGUGAGGUGCUGCUCCACCUCCACUUCCACCUCCACCUCUACACGGACCCCCAGAGGCAGGUCCUCUUCCUCUUCUCCUUCUUCCUCAACCUCCGAUAGAGACGCUGUUCGUUCCAUCCGUCUGAAGAAGGUGGAAGAAUUCAGGAGCAAAGGUUGUGAACCCUACGCAUAUGGGUGGGACAAGACCCAUACAGCUAAUCAGCUCCAAGAUCUGUAUAGACAUUUGGGAAAUGGUGAAGAGUCAAAUAGUGAGGAGGAUUUGGUUUCAGUAGCCGGGAGAAUUGUUGCCCGCAGAGUGUUUGGUAAACUUGCUUUCUUGACAUUAAGGGAUAACUCAGGAACAAUUCAGCUCUACUGUGAAAAGGAGAGGCUUCAACAAGAUCAAUUUGAGCAGUUGAAGACACUCAUUGAUAUUGGCGAUAUACUAGGUGCAAGUGGCUCGAUAAAGAGGACGGAGAAAGGGGAACUUUCUGUUUAUGUCAAGUUCUUUGAAAUCCUUACAAAAGCCCUCCUUCCAUUACCUGAUAAAUAUCAUGGACUAACCGAUGUGGAUAAGCGUUAUCGUCAACGGUACAUAGAUAUGAUUGCGAAUCCUGAGGUAGCUGAUGUAUUCCGGAUAAGAGCCAAGAUUGUGUCAGAGAUUCGAAGGACGGUGGAAUCUUUGGACUUCAUUGAAGUCGACACUCCGGUUCUCCAGGGAGCAGUUGGUGGUGCAGAAGCUCGGCCAUUUGUUACAUACCAUAACUCCCUUGGAAGGAAUCUUUAUUUGAGAAUUGCGACAGAGCUCCAUCUAAAGAGAAUGUUGGUGGGGGGGCUUGAAAAAGUUUAUGAGAUGGGCCGAAUUUUCAGAAAUGAAGGCAUUUCCACUCGUCAUAAUCCUGAAUUCACCACUAUUGAGAUCUAUGAAGCAUAUUCGGACUAUCACAGAAUGAUGGACAUGGCAGAGGAAAUUGUUACUAGAUGCGCUCUGGUGGUUCAUGAGAAGCUCACUGUUGACUAUCAGGGAACAGAAAUUUGUCUGGAACGUCCAUGGAGGAGGGAAACCAUGCAUAAUCUUGUCAAGGAAGCCACUGGAAUCAACUUCAGCGAGUUUGGUAAUGAUGUUAAAGCUGCAAAAGAUGUUUCUAUUAGGACACUUGAGAAUGGUGUGGACAACAAUGAUAAAGUCUCCUUUGAAACAUGCCCAUCUGUGGGCCAUGUCCUUAAUGAGGUUUUUGAGACCAUUGUUGAGCCAACUCUUGUGCAGCCCACAUUUGUUCUAGACUAUCCUAUCGAGAUCUCUCCACUGGCUAAGCCACAUCGGAGCCAUGCAGGCUUGACAGAGCGGUUUGAACUAUUUAUUUGUGGCCGUGAACUUGCCAAUGCAUUCUCUGAGUUGACGGAUCCAAUGGAUCAGCGAGCACGCCUGGAAGAGCAAAUAAAACAACACAAUGAUAAGAGAGCAACCACUAGUCCAGCAUCAGAUUCAGCAAAUGAAAAGGGAAAGAAAGGCGAUGACAGCUCCUAUGAAGUGUCUUUGGAUGAAGACUUUCUAACAGCUUUGGAGUAUGGAAUGCCACCGGCUUCAGGAAUGGGUUUGGGGAUUGAUCGGCUGGUGAUGCUUCUAACGAACUCUGCCAGUAUUCGAGAUGUUAUUGCUUUCCCUGUACUCAAGAUUCAACAAUAGUUGGUUCAGAAUCAAACAAGUAAUGAUGCUUUCACUGAAUUCUUCUGAUAUUCGACCACUGUUCUAUCUACCAUCCUCAAGAUGAGUUCUUUUAUUGAAGUCAUAGAAGCUUUUGCUUCUGUGGAGGUUAUUAUAUGAUUUGAAAGCUGAUUUCUGCUCGUUCUUAUUGAGUUUUUGUUUGAAGGAAAUUACUGUAAUGAAGUAGAAGACAGAGACAAAAAUGUUGUUACGCCUUUUGCCCCUGCCUGGCCAUGCAUUUUUGGGCCAUAUUUUGUAUUAUCUCCAACAGAAACCGUUUAUUUGAGUAAUUUAUAUGCCCUGGGGUGGCCGACUAAUCUUUAUAGGAAUAAAA